AGGCAUGAGCAGUGUGAAAAUUUUUGCGAGUUUGCUGGUGUAAAUUGAUAAAAAGAAAAACAAUUUGACAUAGAUUUUAUAGAUUCCAAACAGGAAAAUAUCAUAAAUUUAAUUUAAAAACAAUUUGUAUAUAGUAGCUGUAGCAGUAAAAGUUUUACAAAACCGUCUUAUAUCUUGCGAGAGGAAAAUAUUUCCAAUUGGCCGAAAACAGCAUAAACAAAGUGAAUUUCGUUAUAAAACUGCAUAAUAAUAACGGGAUUGGUGAUUGCUCAUUAUAAAAGAAGUCUGCGUCAUUAAAUCGAAAAUUGAACAAAAGUUGUAUGUAAACACCAAAGAACUCACAAAUAUUUUGUAUCUGCUUUUAUCCGAAUAAGGUCGUCGCCCGACCGUGAGUGGCCACUGGCCUCUAAAUAGUUGUCAGUAUAGAUUGUGUGUGUGCACUUUGAAACGCCUGGUUUGGUUUCAAGCAGACGUAUUGCAGUAGGUUUUGUUCCAGAUAACGGAAUCGAGCGAUCAGCAGACGCCAGCUAACGCCAGAAAUUCGUUCCCGGGGAGCGGCCGACGUAGACGACGCGUGCCCGUGUCACCGAAAAUGGCUGUGAAGCAAAAUAACACGGAAGCGAACGCUGCGCCCGCACCCGUUAAUGGGAACGCCGUAGGAGGAGUUAAUACGACCGGCGGGUCUAUGGCUGGUGUAACAGGCGGUGUCGGAGUGGGUGGUAACAAUGGACUUACUGGCGUGGGCGUUGGAGUUGGUGGUGGUACAAAAACCAAAAAGCUUAACGCUAAAGCGAAUUUAGGUGCAGAGAUAAGUGGUAAUGCUGAUGCAAAUGAACCUGGUUGCAGCGGAGUUGAUAACAGUGUUCCAAAUAAACCCAAGAUAAAUAUGAAAGCGGCCACUGGAUCAAGCGGAAAUAUUGGCGGUGGAGGUGAAGCAGGAAACAUUGGUGGUCAAUCGAGUAAAAACACCACUGAUAUUACACAUAUUUUACAUCUCAUCGAAUUGGUGGAAUUGAAUCAGCAGCAUAUAUCAUUUGGACCGGAUAUAGUAAAAAUUUAUCAUCACAUAAUCAAUGAAUUAGCACGUGUGCAGACUCCAAGACAAAUUCCCAAAGAACUUAAACGUUUUAAAGAAGAUAUAGUCAAAGUUGGCGCUUUCUUCAGUAAAGCCAAUGAGAAACGCGUCUACCUAUUCUACCUUCGAGUUGUCUGUCAGCUUAUAACACAAGGUGAGGGGGAACCACCUUCUUGUGCUAUCGCCAUAAUAUUCCAGUUGUUUAGCUCCGAAAUGGUUUUCGAAGCGGUGCAGUCAAUGUUGGACCACAAAAUACCUGAACAGAAUAUAAGAAAGACUGUUAAACUACUAAGCGAAUGGUUACGCAUGUGUAACUUUUGCCAAAAUCUUAAUCUAUGGAUAUUAGCCAUACUGAGAGGACUCCAGGAACAGCAAAAGUUUUCGCUAUUUCGUGAUAUUGCGUUGGAUAACAUAGAACCAUUGUUCACAUCACUUAUAUUGCCAGUGUUGCGACCAAAAGUAUACCCCAUCGUAUGUCAUAUGUUGUCCUUCAUUGACCAAACACCGGUAGUGUUUCACAAGAUUUUGCCAAAGUUCCCACGUGUUAUAACGUAUUUGAAGCAACAAUCUAAUAGUCAGGAAGACUACGCUGAAGAAACCAAAAAAAUUCUUCAAAAAUUAGUUGAUUUAACUAAGUCUUUAAUGGUGCGGUUCUACGGCUAUGAUGAUAUGUACGAGGCGGUGGAGCUCGUUAUGAAGGAUAUUCCACAUUCUUAUGAUUUGCCAAACUAUGGGAGCAGCGCUAAAAGUGGUGAUGAUAACAGCACCGAAAUAAUACCACAUGAAAGUAAUGCAAAAGUCGGUCUUGUUAAUUUAGGCAACACAUGUUACAUGAAUAGCGUUUUACAAGCGUUAGCUAUGACUAAGGAGUUUAGUCGGGAAAUAUUGUUGUCACAAAGCAAGUCACCACUGUUAAUGAAAAUGCAACAACAGAUUGCAUUGAUGCUCUAUUCAACUCGAUUUGAAUUGACACCAUCGCGCGUCUUAAGUGCAACACGACCACCUGGCUUCUCACCGGGCUUGCAACAGGAUAGCUCUGAAUAUUUGGGGUAUUUGUUGGAAACGCUACAUGAACAAGAAACGCUGUUCCGUAAAAAGCAAGGAAGUGAUAUGGCGAAUGCAAGAAAAGUAACUGAUGGUCAAAAAGUAGUAAUAGCAGACAGAGAGGCAACCGAACCAAUUGCUAAAAGUGCAAAGCAAGCCGAACAAGAAAGUGGCAGUACCAACAGUGGAGAAGGUGCCACCGCAUACUUCAACACACCACAGGCUCAGCAUUCAUAUACAAGUGACAGUGCUACCACCGACACUACUAACAAAACCAACGACAGCAGCAAUACGGAUGUAGAUGAAAAGAUCGUCGUUCAAACCAAUGCCAGUAGCAGCUCUGAUCCUUGUAAAGAUAACGCUGUUGCAACAACCACAAUCGAUAAAACCUUUACAGGCAAAUUGGCAACUACUUAUGAAUGCCUCACUUGUGGCUGGAAGAGUCGAAUAGUUGAUAGUUUUCGUGACUUACAGCUGUCAUUUCCAGAAGUGAAAAAUGAUUGCGCCUCCAAUUACUCCGUACAGGAUCUCAUCGACUAUUAUUGUUCACCAGAGAAACUAUACGGGGACAACCAAUACUUUUGCGAGCGGUGUAAGAAACUUAGCGAUGCUGAACGGUACAUCAAUGUUAUCAGUGCACCAAAAAAUCUAAUAUUGACAUUGAAACACUUUAAGUAUGAUCAAAAGUAUCAUACACGCGCCAAAUUGAUGCACAAAGUGUUCCAUGAUGAGAAGGUAUCUGUAAAGGUUUGUGCUGAGGAAACGUUGGAAGAGAUCGCCUCCGUGCAUUACGAUCUCUAUGCUGGUGUCGUCCAUUCCGGUUUUAGUAUGGACUCAGGGCAUUAUUAUACUUACGCUGCUGAUAUCACUAAUAAGUGGUACAAAUUCAAUGACAAUGUCGUCACACCGUCUAAGUCAGAAGAGCUGCACAAUCUGACACCACCCAAUACACCAUACAUACUAUUCUAUCAAAUGGGAGCACGCUCUAAUGAAGUAUGCUCAUGCGAAGGAUCCACAACAAAAGUGGUGAAAGUAGAUGUGCCAAAUUCAUUGUCGUUGGAUGAGCUUUCUGGCGAUUUGCGAAAUUAUAUCAACCACGAUAAUUACAUUUUCGCCGAGGAGAUUAAAGAGCGCAUUAUAAAGAGUGGCGGUCGAGCUGCGUUGCAGAGUGCAUUGGCGGCAAAACGUAGCGGUAAUGGUCGAGGAGGAGGCGGUGGUCGUAGCGACUACGACGACGAUAACGACUCGGAUCAACCGCCACCGGCUAGUGGCUGUGGUGGAAAUGCACUCGAUAUUAAUGUUAAUCGUUUUGUGUACUAAACACCAAGUGUGACGUGGCACGAAAUUAUAUGAUUUUGUUUUUGUUAUAAUUUGUGAAAAAUUAUGUCGUACAAUCUAUGAACAUAAAGAAGUUAUGGUACGAAUGAAAUGCAAGAGAACACAAACGACGUUGUGUAGUUAUGAUACUUUUUAUGUAUGCCAGCGUUCGACAAAUAGUGGGAAAUGUCACUACCUUGGAUCAGCCGCCUACUAACCACCCUUAUAUAUACUUAUAUAUAUAUAUAUAUAAAUACUGCAUACUGCUAUUUUCAUUAUAAUAACGUGUAAUUUUGUAGUGUGUUCGUGAGCAAUGUAACACAGCGAGCGAAAGUUGCAUGAAAUGUGUAAAAUUUGGGCAACAUUAACGUUAAAACUUAUAAUUAGGCAAAAUGCGAAUAUAUUCCGCAGAUGCACAGCAUCACAAUGGAAGUUACAAAAGGAAAAAAAAAAUAGUCGAUUUAUUUCAAUGCUAAAAAUUUGUACUUGUUAUUUGUAAACUUCAACUAUGUAAACUAUUUCUAUAGCCACUAUCAGCAAAUAGCAGCAACAACAAAAAAUAAUUAUCUUCAUACGCCUGCUAAGUGUAUGUGAGUAAAUAAGAAAUGCUUCGACAACAUUCGACCAAGCUGUAUAUGAGAGCAAAGGUGUAUUUCUUCAAUUAGAAUUGUGUGUGUAUGUGUGCUUUUAACCGUUAUUUGAAUAAUUAAAUGAGUGCGUGCCUGCAAUGAAAAAAUAUGUAUAUGUGGUGUAUCCGUUGCAUCUCCCUUGUGAUUCAGUAUAUUUUCCUAAGCGCUUAUUUUUAUAUUCGAUUGAAAAAACUCGGUGUCAUAUGAUGAAAUUUCGAAAUUUUUCAGGAUGAAUGGAAAACGACGAUAUUACCGAAAUGAAAGUUCUAAAGCAAGCGCUGUUACUUUCUUCGCAUGAUGAAUUAAAACUUCUGUCUAAUUCCUCUUACAUAUGUAUGUAUGUGUGUAUGAAUUAUGCAAAAUUAAAAAAAAAAAAUCCAUGUAAUUGUUAAUUGCAAGUGGUAAUUGAAAUUUGUAAAAUAUAUAACUGCAUAUUACAACGUAAAGUCGAAACUCGACGGCUCCAACUACGGAUUUGCCCUAAGGCGUAUUCAAAUCUGAAGAGCUUGCCCAACUUCGUAAGCUAGCGACUAACGUUAAACUAUUUAUAUUCUGGUCUACAGAUUGUGUUUUAAUUUUGCGCACUUAAAUAUAUAAAAUAUAUUCAUUUGA